UUCAAUUAUGCAUUACAAUCAGGACAAAAUGCUGCACAACUCCUGCUCUCAAUGACCGCCCCGUGCAAUCCCGCUGCUGUUGAACUCACUGGAGAGCAGUGCCAUGAGGAGGAGGAGGAACAACAACACCACCAGCAGCAGCAACAACAACAGCAGCAGCAGCAGCAGCAACAACAACAACAACAGCAGCAGCAACAUCAGCGACAACAACAGCAGCAGCAACAAGAGCAGCAGCAGCUGCAGCGACAGCCACAACCGCCGCCUGCAGCUAGGCAACGGGUUCCUGUAACGGCGAGUAGAGGAAUCAGAGGCCUCCAAAGCAUGGGCUUAUAGUCGUUGAGUAUACGUCAAACGCAUGAAUUCGAGCUCCGACAAAAGGAACUUGAAGUCGAACCAGAAAAUUGGACAUUGAAGAGAGACGGCUAGCUCUGGAGGAGCGCAAGCUGGCGCUUGCCGAAAGAAAGCACGAACAUGAGGUGACAAAUCGCCAGCAGGAACACCUGGACUUUGUUAAGCGUGUGGAACAGAUGUUUGAUAAACUCACCCAAGAAGUAAACGACCUAUCAACAGGAAUGCCUGGAAGUAGGUGAAUAAUAAAAAAGUGGUUUGUUGCACAC